AUGGGUGCUGGUCCCGUAGCAACUCAAUCAAAUGGCGCGCAUGCUCCGAAUUACGAGAAGUUCUUGGACCCCAAGCGGCAGUGGUACAACAACCGGCGAAUCAUCACCCUCCAUGCAUGGAUUGUCCUCCUGCUCAUCACGUCGUCUGUGAACGGGUUCGAUGGCAGUUUGAUGAAUAGUUUUCAGUCACUAGGCACAUGGGAAAAAUACUUCCACACCCCUCAGGGGUCUACUCUCGGUCUCCUCAAUGCCAUUCAGAACAUCGGAUCCCUCGCCGCAUACCCCUUCGCACCAUACCUUACUGAUGGCAUCGGCCGGCGACUCACAAUAUGGAUUGGUGCCGCCAUCAUGCUAGUUGGUGUCGCCCUCCAAACCGCGGCACAAAACCUAAACAUGUUUAUCGGUGCCCGUUUCUGCAUUGGUUUUGGUCUGACAUUCGCAACAAAUGCUGCUCCAUUGCUUGUCACCGAAAUUGCGUACCCGAGGUAUCGUGCACAAUUGACCUCGCUUUACAAUUCACUUUGGUACUCCGGUAACAUCGUCGCCUCGUGGACAACGUUUGGCACGCAGUACAUCGGAAACACUUGGUCAUGGCGCAUUCCCUCUGUCAUGCAGGGUCUCCCGUCCCUCUUCCAGUUCUUCCUUGUCCUUCUCGCGCCAGAGAGCCCACGUUGGCUCAUUGCAAAGGGCAGAGAACAGGAGGGUCUCAAAGUCCUUGCCUACUAUCACGCAGAUGGCGAUGAUCAAGAUCCUCUCGUGCAAUACGAGUUCGAAGAGAUCAAGGCAGCUAUCCAGCUUGAUCGCGACUCUGCCAAGAACAUCGGUUGGAAGUCACUCGUUACGACGAAAGGUAACCGAAGGCGUAUGAUAAUUAUCGUUGCGAUUGCUUGGUUCUCGCAGUGGUCCGGUAACGGCCUUGUAUCGUACUACCUGUCCAAGGUAUUCGACACCAUCGGUAUUACCAACCAGACGAUCCAGCUGCUGAUUACCGGCAUUUUAGCCAUCUGGAACUUGUUCUGGGCCGUGUUGGCCUCGUUCCUUGUAGAGCGCCUCGGUCGCAGGCUCCUAUUCUUGACGUCUGCAGCGGGGAUGCUCGUCUUCUUUACGCUGCAAACCAUUUGCUCUGCCCGGUUCGCGAUUACUCAAGACACAGCCGCAGCGCACGCGGUCAUCGCGUUCAUCUUCCUCUUCUACGCUUUCUACGACAUCGCAUUCACUCCCCUCAUUGUAUCUUAUACCGUUGAGAUCUUACCGUUCUCUCUCCGUGCGAAGGGCUUCAAUGUGUUCAACUUCACCGUCUCCGUCGCUCUCGUUUUCAACCAGUAUGUGAAUCCCAUCGCGCUUCAGAACAUCGCAUGGAAGUACUAUAUCGUAUAUGUUUGCUGGAUUGCUUUCGAGUUCGUAUUCUUGUACUUCAUGAUCGUCGAGACGAAGAACCUAGCGCUGGAGGAGAUUGCUGCGCUCUUUGAUGGAGAGAAUCUUCAGGAGCAUAUCACUCACCCCACGGAAGUGCGCGCGGAUGAAAAGGACUUUAACGAAAAAGCAUCAGCAUGA